UAAACCCUCUGGAGUUGGGCCUGUCCAAAUCUCAACUCUCAAACUGCUCCCGUCUCCGCUGGUUCACGCGUUUGACUGACUCUGUCCAACACGCUACAUCCUCCUCAACGCCAACCUUCUGAUUAAUACCUUCCUUUUAUCUUCUUUGGUUCCGUCUUCCUCUUGUUCUUCUCCGUGGGUGCAGGGUAGAGAGGACGGAGAAGAAGAGGCAGAAGUACCCCAGAAAUAACCCAAGCCUCUUCUUCAAGUAUAGAUAUAUAAACCCAUUUCUUCUUUCAAGUUGACGUCAAGUGCUUCAAUAGAACAGCUCAGAAAGCUAAGCAAAGGGGAAAGAGAGAGAGAGAGAGAGAGAGAGAGAGAGAUGGUCCAUUACCAGCGUUAUCAGCUGAGAAAAUGUGGAGGCGUUGGAGAAGAAGAUGAGGAGGCUCAAACCCUUGUUUUAGAGUUUGGGAGCUCUGGUUAUUACAAGAGAACAAAACCCAAGAUUCUUCCUCUGCUCUUCGUCUUCUCACUUGUUUCUUGCAGCUUACUCUUGGUACCUCAUCUUUUCAGCUGUUUCUCCACUAUUUCCCUCCUAUCAGGUACUUUUGAAGUUGAAAAUGAUAGAGUGGCGGUUGAUAGAGAAGCAGAUGCUCCCAUUUGUGAUUCUAUCUCUAAUGGGAGCAUUUGCUGUGACAGAAGUGGUUUUCGUUCGGAUAUCUGUUUCAUGAGAGGGGAUAUAAGGACUAAAUCUGCAUCUUCUUCAAUAUUCGUUUAUACCUCUGACACCGAUGAUGACUUUAUCAGUUAUUCAUUGGCCAAAGAAGGAGAGGGAGCAGAAGAAAAGGAAGAAGAGUUGCAACAUGAAAAGAUCAAACCCUAUACACGAAAAUGGGAGACAGGCGUCAUGGAUACCAUUGGUGAACUAGACCUUGUUGUGAAGAAAGACAAAUAUGGGAGGCGCCAUCAUUGCGAUGUCCAGCACUCUGUUCCAGCUAUCUUCUUGUCGACAGGAGGAUAUACAGGCAAUGUUUAUCACGAAUUCAACGAUGGACUUAUCCCUCUGUACAUCACUUCUCAGCACUUGAACAAGAAGGUUGUGUUUGUCAUGCUUGAAUACCAUAACUGGUAUAUGACCAAGUAUGGUGACAUCCUCUCCCGGCUCUCUGAUUAUCCCCCCAUAGAUUUUAGUGGAGACAAAAGAACCCAUUGCUUCCCUGAAGCGAUAGUUGGUCUCAGAAUCCACGAUGAACUCACAGUUGAUUCUUCCCAAAUGCAGGGGAGCAAGAGUAUAUUGGAUUUUCACAACCUCCUAGACCAGGCAUAUUGGCCUAGAAUAAGAGGAUUGAUUCAAGAUGAAGAAAGGGAAGCCCAAUUGAGAUUAAAAGAGAGAGUGUCUUUAUUCCCAUCAUCAUUAUCACCUGAAGCAGGGGAACAGAAGCAAGAAGAAAAAGAGAAGAAGCCGAAACUGGUUGUUAUAUCUCGGAAUGGAUCAAGAGCUAUAAUGAAUGAGGAUGCCAUGGUUAAACUGGCUGAGAAAAUUGGUUUUCAAGUUGAAGUCUUGAGGCCAGACCGGACGACAGAGUUGGCAAAGAUUUAUCGGGCUCUCAAUUCUAGUGAUGCCAUGAUUGGUGUUCAUGGCGCUGCCAUGACACAUUUCCUCUUUAUGAGGCCUUGUUCUGUCUUCAUCCAAGUGAUCCCGCUGGGUACUGACUGGGCUGCAGAGACUUACUAUGGUGAACCUGCAAUGAAGCUUGGCCUUAAGUAUGUUGGCUAUAAAAUUCUUCCACGAGAAAGCUCUUUGUAUGGGCAGUAUGACAGAGAUGAUCCUGUCCUGAGAGAUCCCAAGAGUGUGAACGCCAAGGGAUGGCAGUUCACAAAGAAGGUCUAUUUAGAUGGGCAGAAUGUGGAAUUGGACCUUAGACGAUUUGGCAAGCGAUUGUUUCGUGCCUAUGACUACAUCUCAAAGAAGAACCAGAGGGCAGUACAAUAAUCUUCAGAUCAUCCAUUUGCUAUUCAACUCUGGUUCUUUCUUCAUCCAUUUGUCAAUCCAUUAUUGGGGAACAGUGUUGUAUUACUUCACAGGAUCAACACAAGAAGAUAAUAGAGUUCAUGUAUGUAGAGAUUAGUUUGCUGUUUUCCUACUGUAUAGGCAGCAGCAAACUAAUCAUAUUUUUUGUAUUAAACCAAUGUGUAUGAAGCAAUUAUCCAAUUCUUUUAUACAUAAUAACAUAAAUUUUUUGGCCCUUCUGUAAA